UGUCAAAAAGGAAACAAAAGCCCUGCGGGCUGGAAUGAAACAUUCCCAGCCAGAUCCCAUUCAUAGCAAACCAAGUUCUGUGAAUUCUUUCCCAUCUGAAAACAGCGGGGGGUGGGGAUGAUUGGCAUGGGGGGGUUCAUUGCUAAGGGAUCAGGUCAUCUUCCCCUAAUAGCCACAUGACCAGUGCAAUGUUCGUGUGUGUGUGUGCAGUUUUCGCCUCUCCAAGUGUGCAGCUAAUGCGCAAAGGCGGAAGCCGCUUGCUUGAGCUCGCCCUGGAAGCGUGUGUGCCAGGAGAGGAGGAGCACCGGGCUGGCAGGGUUCGGCAAGAACAGGGGUAGGGGGCAGAAUGAUGAGAGAUGGCUCUGAUGUUUGGGUGGGAAGCGCCUACCUAUUUGUUGAGUCGACCUCGGAAAAGGUCCUUCUGCCCAUGAUCUAUGGCAACCCAAAGCAGAAGCCCAGUGUGUUCAAGGCACUCAAGUUGGCAUUAGCAGAUUCCACGGGUAGCCUGAACGGGGUGGACAUGCUGAAGGUCCACUGCAGUGACCCUCACCUGAUCAUCCAGCUCAAGUUCUGCAACGAGGAGAACUGUCGAAGGUUCCUACAAAGUUACCGCGAAGGAGCUCUCCAGGAUGCUCUCCAGAAACAUCUUAAGGUUUCCUUGUCCAUGCCCAGUUUAGUGCCUCUCCGGAUGGAGCUGAAAGCUGGUGCUGAGAAGCUAGACUCCAUGAUUCGGGAGGAGGAACGGUGCCUUGAAUGCAUCUACCAUGAAAAGCCUAACCGUCUCAGGGAUGAAGAGAUCACAGAGCUGGAGGAAUCCCUCAGCAGUCUGAAGUGUUCCUUUCCUGACGACAAUGACAGCAAUUCGUCUCUGAAUUCUCCCCCUCUGUCUCUGAAUUCUCCCCCUCUGUCUCUGAAUUCUCCCCCUCCGUCUUACAGUUCUCUGGAGAUUCCAAAGUCUCUGCCUCAGGAAAACACCUUCACCUUCCAGGACCAGCAAUUUGCCAAUAGAAAAAUCACACCAGACGACCACCAGACAUUUGCCAAGCUCGUGUCAAAGAAAUGGAAGCAGGUGGGCCGGUCUCUGCAGGUAAGCUGCCGGGCCCUUCGGGACCCCGUCAUCGACAACUUAGCCAUCGAGUACGAACGGGAGGGUCUGUACGAACAAGCAUACCAGCUGCUCCGCAGGUUCAUCGACUCGGAGGGCAAGCGAGCUACCAUACAGAGACUGGUCACCGCCUUGGAGGAAAAUGGCCUCAUCAGCUUAGCUGAGGAACUUCUGGGUCUUCACCCAAAUGAAAACACAUUGUAGGAGGCAAUGGAGGGGGGAAUCCUCCCCCGAGACUACUAGCUGCACGACCAAUGACAUUGAGCACUCUUGUGUGUUUAUAAAUCUCUCAGCUGCACCUUAGUCAUUCAGUGUCUGAACAACGAUGGUUCUUCCCCACUGGGAGCCACCCAAGAAGAGCCACCAGCUGUAGGAGCAGAACUGAAGCUGAAAGUCCAUAUUCUUCUUCAGCGCUGAAACAUGGAUGUUCUCAGGAAACCUCUCUCAUCUUCCAAUAGGAUCUAGAUGAAAAUAGCCCAAUCAGACCUUAAUGGUUCCAAAAUGUCUUGGCAAUGGCAAGAAAAGAAAAGAAAAGAAAAGAUUUAUGAUUCUGGGAAACAGCCUAUGUAACUGAGUAGUUAUUUAGUUCUGCUUAAUGAGAGGCUGUUCACACAUACAUUUUCAUCACUCGUGGGCUGUAGCAUCAAGUAAUGAUUGUGUGUGUGUGUGUGUGCGUGUGUGUAAAUGAACGAGCCGUCCUCAGAUUAAUCAUCUAGAUGGGACAUUCAGAUUAUCCAGAAUCAAAGAACACAGGACUUUCCAGUGCAAUUCACACAUUAGGCUGCAAGUUGCUGAGCCAUCGACAUCACCUAAACUGGCUUGCAGUUGAAUAUAUAAAUUGACAUCAUUGGAAAGUGUUGUGUCUGAGGUGCUAGGAAGAGUUUUGUGUGUGUUAGGGGGGUUAUUAUAUCUGCAAUAGCUUAUUCAUAUGUGUGAUUCCCUCCCCCCGCCCCAAUGCUGCAGUCAUCAGAAUCGAAACUGCAUGUGUGAACCAGUUCUGGGUGGCAUUCCCAUGAAUAGACUGCAUCAGCAUUUCACACUUCUUAUGGGGUUAUUCAUGAGUAUCAUACUAAUCUACGUUUGUGUGGUGUUUACUUAGAGGAGUAUGUUGCCCGCAUAUCCUUGCAUGGAAGACUGGCCUCAGUGACAUCAUCACUGCAUCCCAGAAUCCUCUUCCAGGAGGGAAUUGCAAGCUUUCUCUUGAAUCACCCUUCAUUCCCGGUCUUAAGUCUGUGUCUGCUUCGGCACUAUUUCCCCCAGAAAAUGAGGCAUGAUUGGGUCAGUAACUGUCCAGGUACUGUAUGUGGAUGACAGCUGUCUCCCUCUGAUUCCCUUUACAUUUAUAGAGACAUAAUGCAACUAUCGUUUAUUAAACCAUGACUUAGCAUUAUGUGUAAAGUAAGCCCUGCCGACCAGAUUAACUAUGGUUUGUUUACUGCCAACAAACCAACAGUCUGAAGCCACGGUUUAUUGUUGGCUUAUGAACCUUGGUUUGUUUUAACUAUGGCUUGGCAUUAUAUGUGAGCCUAACACCCGUCCUUAACCAUGGUUUGUUUGACCACUCCAUCCCAGACACUCACCAGGCUGCAAAGGCAUGAGACAAGAGCUGAUGGAAAACAAACCAGGCUUUGAAGAAAAAAAACAAAAAGCUAGUGGUUUGUUAAAGAAAGCAUGGAUUGAACAAACCAUGGUUUAGCAUUAUAUGCCAUCAAGGCCAAUAAUUCCUUAGAUCAGGGGCAGGGAAUCUCAGGCCUGGCACACCUCUAUCUGGCCCUUGAGAUUCUCUCAAGGUCACUCUCCCUCACGAGGCCACAUGUCCUCCACAGCUCUCCUCCACACACCCCUGAAGUGCUCUGGCCUGGCUGGAAUAUGUCCUCAAAUUAUGAUAAUGCCUCGUUUGUCUGGAUGGAAGGGGUAUGUGUAUAGAAACCUCUGACUUUUUGCACAGCUGAAACGUAGCCGACUGUGCAAAGGUUAGGGUUAUAGCUGUUGCUCCACCCACUUAUGCCUCUGGUCCCGCCCACUACUGGCAUGCGGCUCCCAGAAGAUUGCCCUUGAGGUAAUGUGGCCCUCAGGCUGAAAACGCCCCCCCCCCCUUGCCUUAGAUGCCGAAAUGACUAACAUUAGUUCAGCUUUCUGAUUCACACGUACUAGGGUUUUAAUUAAUUCAGAAUAUAGCCUUUGGUUUUGUAUUCAUAAUCACUAACCUAGAUUAGGACAUAGAUUUCAGUUUUAAACAUAUAUACAGUACACUAGGAGUGAGGGGAAGUCACCCUUUUUACCUCUCUGCAUAAGAACAUGGCAGUUGGUUAAUAGACUUCAUUCCAAUACAAGCAGUUAAAGAGAUAGAAAAAUACGCCCAUUGAUAACUUUUUAACCAAUAUGCUACAACACAAGACCACAUCCUCUUAUUCACCGCCACCCCAAAUUCUGUGCUGCUAAUCCAAAAGACUUAGUUCAUGCACACUUUUCCAGUACUACACAAUGACAGAAUGAAGGGAGGGGAUCUCAUUACUGAACAGUUCUUCAUAUAGAAAACUCCCUGCUCAUAGAUGUGAAGUAGAGGAGUUCUUAGCCCAAGCUUUCUCCCUGAUAUGCUAGCUUUCUAUCUGCAGGGAUGUUAUUUUUUCCCCAGGGGAAGCAUUCAGCUCCCCCCCCCCCACCGCUGCAAUCUAUUCCUCUCCUCAUCUGCUGCAGGCGGGGUAGAAUUCGCACUUGACACAAAAGCAUCCUGUGAGUGGGCAGUAGGGGUCCAAUGUGUUUGUGAAGGGUAUGAAACCAUCUGCAAGAAUUGCUCUCAAGUAUGUGUUCACAGAAGGAGUAUGUUUAAGGAGAGCCCUGCUGCAACAGGCCUACCUUGUCAGAGCAAGAGGGCAAUAGCCCUCCCCUGCUGCUGUUCCUUAGCCAGUGGUGUCUAGAGGUUUGAUGCCUUUGAUCCUGGAGGUAGCAUGCAGCCAUCAUGACCAGUAAAUAAAUAAAAUACAUAAAUAUUAUGAAAUAAUAGUAGCCACAACUCAUGCUUAAAUUUGCACAAGUGUGGGGAAGUCUUGCUGCGGUAGCACUCUUGAAGGCACACAGUUUAGAAGAAUUGGUGGCCUUCUAGAUGUUGCUGGACUACAACUCCCAUUAUCCCUGACUAUUGGGCAUGCUGGCUGGGGCAGGUGGAAGUUGGAAUCCGACAUCAUCUAGAGGGCCACAGUCCCCGGCUCCUGCUAAAGUAAGGAAUAUCUCCUCCAUCACUGAACGUUGGUACAUUUACUUAGAACUAAGGCCCACUGAGUUCAAGCAGGGUUGGUUGCCAAGUAACUGUGCCCUGGAUUAUAGUCAGGCAGAGCAAGGCAGAAUUUACACCAGCUUAAAUUAAGCUGGUGUAAAUUACCCAUUCGAAACUCCUUUACUGCUGACUGAGCUGGCCUCCAAGCCUGGCAGAGGGAAAACAAGCCUUUAAAAUAAGAGUUUGACUUACACCGGCCCUUCUUGCCAGCGUCACUUUUGCGAGUUGCCAGGUGACAUAACUGAGCAUAAAGGGGUUUGGAAUAGGUGUACGUCUCUCCUUACCAUGCCAUGACCCUGAAAUGCCCCUGUUUGGGGAGUUAACACUGACAAAUCCCCAGCUGAGCCCAGAUGAGGGAAUUAUGCCAGGUCGAACUUUCCUCAGGUGCAGACAGCCCAUGGGCCUCGUCACAGCAACCUGGUCCCCCACCCUUUGAUGGAGCCUCAGCCAGGGCCAGGUCUCAAACCGGGGCCUCCUGGUCUUCCCCUGACGAGGACUCCCCAGGCUGGGACCUGACAGCUAGCCACUGCUUUUACCAAUCUGUUUUUUUUCCCUCGUAAAAAAUAUUUAUACUAAUACAGUAGGGCCCCGCUUUACAGCGCUUUGCUUUACAGCAUUCUGCUAAUACAGCAGUUGUCAAUUGCAGAAAGGCCCCGCUCCUACGGCGCUUGUUCGGCUUUUAUGGUGUUUUUUGGCCGUCAGGCACCAUUUUGGUCAAUGUUAGUCAAUGCGUUUCGCUUUACAGUGGGGGUCCGGAACAUAACCCACUGUAUGAGUGGGGCCCUACUGUAUCGAUAUUUUACUUUUAAAGGCAAUAUCGAUAAUUUGAAAUAUGGAUAUUUUGAAAGGAAAUAUCAACAAAUGAAAUAUAGAUAACAUUAUCAUACUAGAUAUUUUGGAAAAAAUAGCCAUGGAAAAUUGCUACUUAAAAACCCAAUCCACAAUAGAGAAUCAGCAUAUUAAUGGAAAAUUUGGUACCAAGUCCCAAUUGGGCUGAAUUCUAGCACAUCCCUAACUGUGAGACCAGGAGGCUACAUUAGAUGGGCCACCAGCCUGAUCCAGCAAGCUCUUAUGGACUACAAAUCCCAUCAGUGCCCUCCAGAACUGUGCUGUCUGGGGAUGAUGGGAGUUGUUGCCCUCCAAAUAUUUUGGUCUACAGGUAGGGAGGAGAGCCAGUGUGGUGUAGUGGUUAAGGUGUUGGACUACGACCUGGGAGACCAGAGUUCGAAUCCCCACACAGCCAUGAAGCUCACUGGGUGACUUUGGGCCAGUCACUGCCUCUCAGCCUCAGAGGAAGACAAUAGUAAAUCCCCUCUGAAUACCGCUUACCGUGAAAACCCUAUUCAUAGGGUCGCCAUAAGUCGGAAUCGACUUGGAGGCAGUACAUUUACAUUUAACAUGUAGGGAAAUAUCCCUGCUGUUAUAUCAUAUGUGAGCACCUGAUGCAGUUUGCUGCAUUGUCCUGCAUGGCUGAAGUGACACUCAGAAACACAAGCACCUUAUGCACCAUUGUGCGGUGUCAAUGCGCUGCUCAUGUGCUAUCUUACGGGCACAGGAGAACAUGUAGACAUAUUUAUGGCCGUGACUGUCAAAAAUGGGGAUGUAUGGAACUCAAAGAUACUUGCAGUCAUAGAAAGGGAAUUCUUCCAAGAGAGGAUCUGAGGGAUAGAUCUCUGAUGCCACGUGACACAGCAAACCUGCUGAAGCUGAGCAGGUUGGAUCGUUUGACAUUGCAUUCUGUUUUCAACACAAUCAGGUGACACAUGCAGAUAACUGAAUGGUUGGGGCCUGGAUGGGAGGCCAUCUGGAUGGGAGAUAAUGAGUUCUACCAGUAGGGCCCCACUCAUAGGCAGGUUACAUUCCAGGCCCCCGCUGAAAAGUGAAAACUGCCGGAAAGUGGGGUCCUACUGUAUUCCAGCUGCUGCGCUCUAGCUGACAGCAAUCAGCUGGAGCGCGCAAGCUCCCUGCGCUACAGCUGAUCACUGGCACCACCGUAUUAGCAGAACGCCGAAAAGCUGGGCCCUACUGUACCAAGUGAGACCCUUGGUCCAUUUAGCUCAGUAAACAACCCCAUUGACUGGCAGCAGCUCUCCAUGAUUUUAGGCAGGAGUCUUUCCCAGGCCUACCUGGAGAUGCCAGGGACUGAACUGGGAACCUCUGCAUGCAAGGCCUGUGCUCUGCUGCUGAGCCAUAGUCCUCUCUGUAGAGAAAAAGCAGAAUGUAAAUGUAAUUUUAUUUUAAAACAACUCGGCCAUUUUAUCAUUGUUUAUUGGAGAUUUCACAUUUUACGCAUAUUAUCGCCAAGUGUGUUUUGACCUCAGGGUAUUGCCUUGUUUAUGGACUGCAGGUUUACAUUUUAUGCAUUCUCUGAAGUGCCAAAUAGAUGGAAACACCAAUCAGUAAGUGUACUACAUGAUAUUUCCUUCUGACACGCGCUGAUUUUUAAUGCCGUAAUUUAUAUUUUCUGAGUAUUUUGCUUUUGUAUUGCAACACUUUCCUCAACGUAUGUCUUAGCAAUCUUAGAGUUGAGUUGCACCCACCCUCCCCUGCUGCACUCAACAGGCUUUUAUUUUUAAGCACACAUAAGAUAAAUCAAAUAAACAUACAGUUCAAUGUUAUAAGAACGAAACUCAGUGUUUCAUGGAGAUGAUACCUCUCGGGAAUUUGUCAGCAUCCAAAACAGAGUUUCAUGUUUUUAGUAGUUUUAGCAGUGCUUAAAAAUUUGGAACAGCCUGAAGCUGGCCAUGGGAAAAAGACAUUGAUCCAAGCUGAACUACAGAAUUUGCUGCCAUGGAUAUAAGUGCCUUAGGAAUGGAAGGAUCUCUCCAUUUCAGUUCUCUGCGUUCCUCAUUUUUCCCGCCUUAAGUUUAGCUCUCCACAUUUCUGCAGCAAUUUGUGGGGGGGGGGGAAUCCUCAUGAAAAUUCAUCACCAUUUUAGUGAAAAUUUAUCCCAAUAAACACAUAUUUGUAUCCA